AAAGGUCAGCGCGCCGGCGGCACUCCCAACAUGGCGGCGGCCCGGGCUGUGGCGCGCGGUAUGGGAGCCGGAGCGCGGCGGCUUCUGCUGCUGGCCGCGGUGGCGGCGGUGGGGCCCCGGCAGGGCGUCGCGUCGCGGCUGUACCGCGUGGGCGAGGACGCCGUGUGGUUGCUGGACAGCGGCAGCGUGCGCUCGGCCACGAGCAACAGCUCAGCCGCGUGGCUGGUGCAGUUCCACUCGUCGUGGUGCGGCCACUGCAUCGGCUACGCACCCACCUGGCGAGCGCUGGCGGCGGACGUGCGAGACUGGGCUGCUGCCAUCCGUGUUGCUGCUCUGGACUGUGCAGAAGAAAAGAACCAGGACGUGUGCCGCACAUAUGACAUCCACUUCUACCCCACCUUCAGGUAUUUUAAAGCAUUCACAAAGGAGUUUACAACUGGAGAAAAUUUUAAAGGAACUGACAGGGAGCUGCGGACAGUCAGGCAGACAAUGAUCGACUUCCUGCAGAACCAUACGGAGGACACCCGGCCUCCUGUAUGCCCACCCCUGGACCCUAUUCAGCCCAGUGACAUCCUUUCCCUCAUGGACAGCCACAGUGGCCAGUACCACGCUAUUAUGUUUGAAAGCAAUGGUUCUUACGUUGGACGAGAGGUGAUCUUGGAUUUAAUUCCAUAUGACAACAUCAUGGUGAGCCGAGCACUGGAUGGGGACAAAGCAUUUCUGGAGACACUUGGCAUUUCUUCAGUUCCUUCCUGUUACUUGAUUUACCCAAAUGGGUCUCGUGGACUGGUUAACAUUGCAAAGCCUCUACGCUCGUUUUUCUCAUCUUAUUUAAAAUCCUUACCGGAUGUGAGGAAAAAGUCACUUUCCUUCCCUGAAAAGCCCAACAGAGAAGAAAAUUCAGAGCUUAUGAUUUGGAAAGAAUUUGACAGGGCCAAGCUGUACACUGCAGACCUGGAGUCGGGACUUCACUACCUGCUGAGAGUGGAGCUGGCUGCGCACAGGUCCCUGGCUGGAGCUCAGUUAAAGACAUUUAGGGACUUCGUGACUGUCAUUGCCAAGCUGUUUCCCGGCCGGCCACCAGUCAAGAAGCUGUUGGAGACACUGCAAGAGUGGCUGGCCAACCUUCCCCUGGACAAAAUUCCAUACAAUGCCAUCCUAGACCUAGUCAACAACAAAAUGCGGAUUUCUGGAAUCUUUCUUACCAGCCACAUAAAGUGGGUGGGAUGUCAAGGAAGCCGAUUGGAGUUGCGGGGCUACCCAUGCUCCCUCUGGAAACUGUUUCACACUUUGACGGUUCAGGCCUCCACCCAUCCAGAAGCGCUGGUUGGCACAGGUUUUGAAGAUGAUCCCCAGGCUGUGUUGCAGACCAUAAGGAGAUACAUUCACACAUUCUUCGGAUGUAAAGAAUGUGGUGAACAUUUUGAGGAAAUGGCUAAAGAGUCCCUGGAUUCUGUGAAAACUCCAGACCAAGCUGUUCUCUGGCUUUGGAGGAGGCACAACACGGUGAACAGCCGCCUGGCGGGCCAUCUGAGUGAGGAUCCCAAGUUUCCAAAGGUUCCAUGGCCCACUCCAGAUCUCUGCCCAGCCUGCCAUGAGGAAAUUAAAGGCCUGGACAGCUGGAAUGAGGACCAAGUGCUUGUGUUCCUGAAGCAGCAUUACAGCAGGGACAACCUGGUGGACACAUACUCAGUGGACCAGGGCAGUCCUGGGGACUGGGGAGUGCUGGGCAGGGAGCAGGAAGAAGGCAAAGCUCUUAACCCCUCAGGGAAGUCCUGGGGACAGCAGGACACUGAGAGUCUCCGCCCACCCCAUGUGCUGGGGCCCAGAACUGACCUUUCCAAGAACCUGCACCACAGGCUGGACCUAAGACUCCAGAGCCCCCAUGGGCUCCAGGCACUUGAGGAGGCCAAGGUAGCUGUGCCUUUUCUUGGGGUUGGCUUUUCCAGUCUGGACAUGAGCCUCUGUGUGGUGCUCUACGUGGCCUCCUCUUUGUUCCUGAUGAUUAUGUACUUCUUCUUCAAAGUGAGGUCCAAGCGAUGGAAAGUUCGGCUCUACCACCCAGCUGUGUAGAGCACUUGGAACAGCCAUGUCUACACAGAGGAAGCCUUGGAAACCACCCGCACACCUGCAGCUUUAAUGUUGGGAUCAGGGAUUUUGGAAAUGUGCCCAGCAUAGUGUCUGGAGGAACAUGUUUUGUUUUGUUUUUUCUACUGGAACAUUUUGCCUUGAUGGCACCUUGUCCUCACCUUCCCAUGUCAGACUUAUGUCGAUUUGCCCUUGUAGGCCAAAAGGAAGCAGGUUUAUCACACAGCCGGCCAUGUUUCUGCUCCUUCCAUGAAGCCUCACAUCUACAUUUGCUCUUCCUCCCCACCCUACUCCCACUCUGGGGGCAGUGAUGAGCAGCCAAAGCAGAGGCCUCUCUAGAUAUCCCACACCCUGCCACAGAUGAGAGCUCUGUACCUGUUCCUGCAUAAACGUGCUUUCGAGGGAGUUCAGGGUGCUCCAAGGUUGAGCAGAGAGGUGCAGGACCCAGAGGCCGCUGAGUUGUGUUGUAGCUUCCCUGUGUCUUAAGAAAUAACCCAGGGUGGAGUGGGCCUUGGAAAGGGCACGGUGGUGACAGGAGAUACGCCACCCCUCUUGUGCUGUAGUGCAGUUCUGGUCUCUGUGGUGAAGUCCUGCCCUACAGCACAGCGGUGAGCACUGGUCUGCUGGGGGCGUGCAGUUUCCAACAUUAUUUGUAAAAUCCUAAAACACUGAAUGCUAGAAUUGUGCCUAAAGACGUAAAAAAAAUGGACUAAGUCUACAUUUCUGGAGACAUUCCUGCUGAGACCCUCAGGAGUUUCUUUUUAUUUGCAUAAAGCAAGCAUGUCUGUGUCUGUGUGUACGCCUCUGUACUCACAUGGGUAUGACUAGGUUAGUUAAAUAUACAUUCACUUUGUAUGUUCUGUAUAUUUGUGUCCUUCCCAAUGACAGUUGAUCACAUGGGUAUCAUUUAAGACCCUGUAUUAUCAGUGUCCCUGCUGCCACUUAAGAAAAUGGACAGCUGUCUCCUUGGGCUUUUGUUAACCUCCUUCCAUCACAUGGGAGGAUCAGGUCUGAGAGUCAAGCCUCCCUGCUGGGGCAGAUGGCUUGGGUCCAGGCCCUUGAACCUCCUGCUUCACUUCCCUGUGGCAGGAGGAGGUUUCUUUGAAACCUGGAGUCUUGUGCUUAAAAAAGAAAGAGAGAGAAAGAAAAGAAGAAAAAAAAAAAGUUUGUCCUUAUUGCUGAUAGUGUUUCUAGAGUAUUGAGACACUAUCGGUCUGUCAGCUGGAAAAUUGGGCCUAUUUAAGCACGGCUCCAAAGGGAAAUGCUAGAGCUCACAGUUAAACUGCCUCUGGGAAACAUUGCUGAAGGGCACUUCCUUAACUGUGACCCCAGGGCUGCCACAGAACCCCACAGUGACUGACAUGGCUGAUGUUUGCAGAAGCCCUCUCUGGGCAGAUCCUAUUUCAGCUGCCUUUGUGGAGUCCCGGAUCAUCCCUUUCUGAGGACAGGCUUGUCAUGUACAUCCCUGUUUGAACUGUCCAUUCUGCAGUGAAAAGGCUUGCGUUCCUCCAAGACCCUGCUCAGCCUGGGAUCCACUGUUAGGCCAAGUGUAAGGUCUGUUCUAAAGGUCUGAAGUAUUAUAUGGGGAAUUUCAAUUAGGGAAUAUAAUAAAUUCAGUAAUUUAAAUGUUUAUUUAUUUUUAAUGCAAAGAUUUUGAUUAAAAAGUCAGUUGGCAUAAAAAUGUCAAUGACAUUUCUUACCUUAAAAAAGGGUACAUUUUGUAUUUAAGUAAACUAUUGUGUACAUUGUAAGAAUAAAGAAAUCGGACAUUCAAUAA